AUGAUUAAUAAUAAUAAUAAUAAUAACAUUGAAAGAACAACUCAUAUGAAGAAAAUAUACUCGCUAUUUUCAUCGUGGUGGAGCAGAUUAUUUGUUGCAGUGUUGGGUUUGAUAAUCAUCGGAUUGAUGAUUGAGAUUGUGUUCUUGAUAAAGUUUGAACAUGGAUUUGUGUUGAAUGAUGUGAUGAUGGAGAAGGCUUAUCGAAUAUUUAGAGAUGAUUCAUUCAAUCAAGUGGACUUGAUUGAAUUUAAAAGGAAAACAGUUGUAAUAUCACACAAAGACAACAUGAAAAGUGAAAUUUUGAACAUGAAACGAUCAAUAACGACGGAUCAAUUAUUUAUUGUCAAAUUAGUUGAGAGAAUGAACAGAAAUUCGACCCUGACAACCCAUUACAAUUUUGAAAAAACCUAUUUAUUGAAGAGCGGAAACAUUUACCUUAUUAGAGCAGAUCAAUACAUGCUCAAAGAGAUGGAGAAUGAAAUUGUGUGGAUACGAUCAUUCGAAAACGAGCUGAAAACUAGUAUUGAUAUGUUUUAUAUUUAUGAACAAGCUAAAAACAGUACAAGGGAUAGUAGAAUAGCACUUGAACUUCUUCUGAUUCCUUCCCUUACGGAUAUCAAUUCACUUCUGAAAGUUACAGAGAGAUUUCAAACUAAUUUUAAUGCCUUUAUGAAAUAUCAUUCAGAUAAUUAUCAAAUUGAAAUUGUUGGUGAUGGUAUGAUAGAUAUUCAAGUCCCUUUUAAGUUUUUGGAUAGAAUAGCCGAAUUUCUUUUGGACAACCCAAGUGUAAAGUGGAUACAGAGAAGAGAACCAAUGAGAACAUCUAACAAAGUAGCAACAAAACAUGCACAAGGUCUUCGUACAGAUGGUGAGCUAAAUACCAAUUCCAAUCCAAUAUGGGAAAGAAAUAUCACAGGAGAGGGAGAAGUCAUAACGGUGGCAGAUACCGGCCUAGAUUGGGAUAGUUGCUUUUUUUCGGAUCCUUCUCUUCCAGUUACAACAGGUCAAGUUAAUAAGGACCAUAGAAAAGUUUUAGCCUACAUAAACAUGAGUAAUAAUGGUAAACAAGCGGAUGGAAAGGAUUCUUUGGAUGGACAUGGGACAUUGUGCAAUAGCUAUGGAAAGAGAGACAUGCAAAUUGAUGAUUUUUUAUAUGAGAAUCAAGAUGCAGUGGUAGUAUUUGCUGCUGGAAACGAGGGUAAUAUUGCUGUUGAUGGAACGAUUGCCACUACUUCAAAGAAUGCUAUUGUUGUGGGAGCUUCAAUGACAAGCAAUCAAGGAUUUGUAGAUUCUAUUCAGUACCUUAACCUCGAUGAAGAGUCAGAGAUUUGUGGUGUCACAUCAGAUACUUGUUGUUCCGAUUAUUCUUGCUCUUUCUCUUGUUGUCCUUCGAGAAUGGAAUCUCAAUUGAAAGUGUUGAAAACCUCCUAUAAUCAGAAUAAUGUUGCUUUCUUUUCUGCUAGAGGCCCGGCAACUGGUAAUAGAAUGAAACCAGAUUGUAAGUUUAUUGAAAUUUAUCAAUUAACCCAAAAAGGUGUUGCUGUUGGAGAUCGAGUUGUUUCGACUAGAUCCGACGGUAGCUUGUCAACAAAUCAGUGUGGAAACAUAUAUCCCAAUGCCACAAAUGAUGCUGCUCUAAAGGUAUCUACUGGAACAUCCAUGUCAACACCAAUAAACAAGAAUCGAAUCAAGAAAGUGAGAAGAUUUGAAGAAUCAGAAAUCUAUGAUGAUAUCAUAAGAGCAGAAGAUGAUGAAUUCGUUGAUGACAUUCCAGUCGACGAGAAUGAAUUUAAGGAUGACGACCAGGAUGUAGAAUAUGAGAAUUGCAUUGAAUAUCAAGGUGGUCAUAAAGAAACCUACACUCCUCAUAGAGGUGAUAAAAGUAGUGGUAGUAGUCAUGCUGCUCCAACUCCUGUUCCUCCUCCUGAUUCAAAACAACCUGACUCUUCAACACAACAAGCACAACAAGAACAACCAUCACAACAAUUAUCAUUCAAUCCCUAUUCAUACUAUAAGAGCUUAUUAGACAAUGAUUUGAAUUAUGUUAAAUUCUAUGGUGAUAAGGUGAAUACUCAUGGGGAGGAUUCUCAAUACCCUCAAAUUGCCAAAAAGUAUGCUAACAAUUUAGCCAACCAUGCCAAGUACCUCUACAAGUACAGAACAUUUGCUCCAUCCACCUAUAGAAAGUACAUUUUACAAGUCUAUGAAUACUCAAAGAGAGUGGUUGAAGUUGCCAAGGUUCAAAACUGGAAUGGUUACAUGUACUAUUUGAGUAUCACAAUUGAAUACUAUAGAAAGAUUGAUGUUUUGGAACAAACUGGUUAUGCUGGCACAAACUAUGUCCAAACAACUCCCGUUGCUACUUACUAUGGAGCUGGUGGAACUCCAACAGCUUACUAUUCCAAUGGUGCUCCUCCUGCUGGUGCUGUUACUGCUACAGCUGUUGCUCCAGUCAAUCCAUCUUAUUAUCCAGCCAAUUAUCCAUCCAAUUACGGUGGUUAUGGAUAUGGAGCAGCUCCAGCAAAUUAUUACAAUGGCUAUGGAGCAUAUGGCGGUUAUCCUGCUGCUCCUGCUGCAACUGGCUAUGGAGCAUAUGGUGGUUAUCCUGCAGCUACAACCUAUGGAUAUGGUGGUUAUCCUUCCUCUUAUUAUCCUGCUCAAUACAGACAACCAGUUCAACAAGUUGCUGUAGCUAAGGGAGCAGAUGUGAGCAGCCAACAACCAGCACAAGCUUCUAGUGCAAGUCAAGCUUCUAGUAACUCAACCAAUGCUUCCUCCGGCAGUUCUUCAUCCUCUUCCACACCUACACCUUCCAGUAAUUCCAAUAACGCAGCAGGUGCUAGCUCUUCAAACAGCAAUCCUUCUCCUCAAAAGAAAAAGCUCAACCCAAUCGAACAACUUGAAAAAUUAAACUCUCAAGUGUCGUCUCAUGUUGGGGAAUUCAACGAUGAUGCCUCUAAUCCAACAACUGAGCCAUUUUCCUUUGAAUAUUUGAUGUAA